AUGGUUCAGAAACUAGAAGCUGUCAAGGGUGGCGGAGGAUCUAUCAGGGUGGGUACUACUGGAACAAUUGGUGCUCUGAUGACAAGGGAAAUGGAAUCAAUUAAACCUUCCCCACAAGCAUCAGCAUCUGGUCAAGGUAAGCCUAGAACUAUACCUGUUUCGGUGCCCUGUAGUGUUACUACUUCUAGAAAACUACAAGCAAGGAAAUCAUUAGAUGAAGCAAGCAGCAGUGGCUGUAGCAGCGGCAUUAAUCGCGGAAGCCCUGAAACUCCUCGGAAAGUGAAGACCUUCAAUAAAAUCGCCCAUCGAAUGCCAAUGCUUGGCUCUGAUAAUAUUACUCUGGAUAGAACUCCUAGUAGGGAGAAAUCUGACAAGAAAGCAAUUAACAUUGUGGAAAUUGUGGACAUAAAAUGUGGUAACACGGAUAGAGCAUGGGCUAACCCUAUAACAAGUAAACUCAAGAAGCUUGGUUUCUCAAAGCUAUCUGAGAGCAUUAUCUAA